CAUGUGGACACAGGGAACUCUUACCUGUGUGGGUACCUGAAGAUCAAAGGCCUGACCGAGGAGUAUCCAACCCUCACAACCUUCUUUGAAGGAGAAAUAAUCAGCAAAAAGCACCCUUUCUUAACUCGAAAGUGGGACGCAGAUGAAGACGUUGAUCGGAAACACUGGGGCAAGUUUCUGGCUUUUUAUCAGUAUGCAAAAUCGUUUAAUUCAGAUGACUUCGAUUAUGAAGAGCUGAAGAAUGGGGAUUAUGUCUUCAUGAGGUGGAAGGAGCAGUUCCUGGUCCCGGACCACACGAUCAAAGACAUCAGCGGUGCUUCCUUCGCCGGGUUCUACUACAUCUGCUUCCAGAAGUCGGCGGCCUCCAUAGAGGGCUACUACUACCACAGGAGCUCGGAAUGGUACCAGUCCCUCAAUCUAACCCACGUUCCUGAACACAGCGCACCCAUCUAUGAGUUCCGGUGACAGCGGUCCCCGACAGCAACCAAAUAAAACUGAACUUGGCAAAAAAGAGCUUUGCCAAGAAAAUUGUGUACCUGCCAGACCCAGGAGAAGCGUGUUCCUGUGUCGUCUCCAGCAGACUCGCAGCAGAGAGCGCGAAUGUCCCGCCGCAGAGUCCAGAGCUGCCAGUCGGCGGCAGGUGGAGGGAGCGGCCUGCCUUUCCUCCCUCUCUGCAGAAACGUGGACCCCAGCUGUCUCUAAGCUACCUUAACGCACUUUCCCUUCCCGCACCACCGCGCCACUGCGCCCGCAUCACCGCGUCGUCCACCUCGCCUCCGUCCUGCCCACAGCCGAUGGAAGGCCGGCUCCCAGGUCACCCUCAGCCUUGGUGCUCAGCGGGCCCCGCCCAGGCUCCAGAUGCCCUUCUGUGCCCCGGUCGCUUAGUCUGGUAGCUCAAGAGAAGGCAGACCCCCAGCUCCCGUGUCCCUUGGAGCUCCGGGUUGGGAGUUGGCGAGCUAUACUUCUGCCGCCAAGGAAGUGAGAGGCUGAGGCCGAGCCAGCCCAGCGGGGCCUCAGCAGCCCCAGUGCCCACUGCGUGGUGGGGCGAGUGGGCGCAGCUUCGCUUGCUCAGUACGGGCCUGCCGUGGGGGUUGCUGCACGGAAGGCUUCCAGAUUCCAGCCCUGCUUACUCAGUACGUUUGCUCCACACUUUUGAACUUGAGGGAAUUACUAAACUUUAAAAAAUAAGAGUUUUUUUAUUACAAAAUUAUUUUUAUGGUCCCUUUAACGAGGACCCUACGGCAAAUGCACAAUUAUUCAGAAUUACAUUGUAACGUUUUCACAUUGAAAACAGCAAAUGUUGACUUAAUAAUUUUUAUAUCUAUAUCUAUAUGUAUAUGUAUAUUUAAUCAACCAGCAGUUUUGAGACGAGUCAUCCUGGUACAAAAGUUCUGCGCAUUGCGUAAUCGCAGUGCUAGACGCGAGGGCCGUUUCGGGGGCCAGUUCAGCAUUUGCACCUCUUCCUUGUGCUCCUCAAACAACUGCUUCGUGGCGACCUUUUUCGUGAGGCAGGAGGGGCCAUCGUCCUGAAAACGGACCGACGUGCUGGGGCCGGGGAGGGGCCCGUGAACACGCUCAGAUAACGAGGCUCACGUGCCAAAGCGUGUGUGUGUGUGUGUGUGUGUGUGUGUGUGUGUUUCUAUUUUUGUUCUUUUAAUGUUUAAAACGCUUAAUAGGUUGGCAUCAGUUGCAGCCCACAAAUCCGGGCCAGUCUUUGGGGAGUUGGCACCCUCUGGUGGUCUGUAGGCUUACCCAGAAUCCGAGAGGAAGAGCUUUGAAACCGGGCGGCAUCCAAGGAGCAGAGCGCCGAGCCUCCGGUGAGAGCAGAGCGGUGGUGAGCUAGCUCGUGCGUGAGCGACUCCCGCCUAGCGGCCUACGUCUGCCUGUCACUGUGGCCGAGUGUUAGGGAGAGCACAAAGGAGGGGUGUUCGGAGGCAUGCCAGUGGGCACUUGGAGUAUCUAACACUCAUAGAGGCCAGGGCCUGGGACACUAAACCCGGGGACAGCAGUGCACGUUUGUUUCCAGGGGCAAGUCAGAGCUCCGCUCUCCCAUCUCGAGGCUCAGCUAGACACCAGGAUGGCUACCUCUGCUCCAACUCGGCCGCUUUUCCACCCAGAGGAGGCCCUCCCUGUCCCUUCAGUUGAGCCGAGGGACGUCACCACUCUGGCCACUUUUGCAGCCCAUUGGCCUCGCCUCAGUCCUCCCACGGGUGCAAGGCUUCUCCAGGGAUGCGGUCGCACUCGGGGCAUGGAGAGGGCCGGUCAUUCCUGGAGCCCGUAGGGGAGCGGGCUGAGGGGACUGUAAACGCCAUGGAGCACCGCGUCUCCUGUGUUCUCACUCCUGAACACGUUAGAGUGGUGCGUUGUGCCGGUUGUCCCGGGAGAGUGGAAGAGCGAUGCCUUCAGGCCCACUGACUGCACGCGUGCUAAGAGGGCGGGGGGAUUGAGUGCUUGCCACCUCGUGACUCCCAGGGUGAGCAGCAACCUUCCUCUUCUCUGUUCCUGGAGCUGGGCACCCUCUCCACCCGCACCCCGCCUCUCCUGGACCUCCCGUGGUCUCCACGCCUCUGACGCUAUGUGCAAUACGUGGGGCCAACGCUCGUCCCCACCCUUGGGUUAGUGCAGGUGACAGGUUCCCGCUGUCUUCCUCCCCCAACGAGCCUGCCGGGAGGCAGACCCCAGGGAGGUGGCUGCUUCUACUGCUCCGAGAGCGGCCCCCCAGCCUCGCCCUCCCUCGCACGUGCUGACUCACCUCUCCCACCCACCCUUCUACAGUUUGUUCAGCACCCCAGCUGCAGUCCGAACGCACCCGCCAUGCCCAGGGCCUAGGGACGUCGCCUGUGUGCUGGUCUCAUUGGCUUAAAGUGGGAGUCACAAACUCCAGAGGAGCAGAGAGGUUCCUCGAUGUCUUUUGCUUUCAGACACAGGGAAUUUACAUUCUCUUUAAGGCCUUGAAUUGAUUUUUGUUUUCCUCAUAAAAAUAGUCCGAUAAGCUAAUUUUUUAAAAAAUGCCAUUAAGUAUGUUGCAUUGUGGUUUAAAAUUACUAACGAGUUCUGGAAGAGAAAACUAUUUGAUUUUGAAUCUUAAAUGUUUUUAAAAAUUAGAUUUGAAUGGGCGCCAAGUAUGAGUAUUUUGUUUCAUUGUGGAGGACGUGUGGAGAGGGUUUAAGGGUUGGGAGGGGAUAGGAGAAGUAUUUUGCAGAGCUAUCAAUGUCCAAAUAAUUUUUAAAAAAUAAUAAAGGUAUUUAAGCAGUGA